AUGAUGAUCCAAAAGGAGGAAAAGGAGGAGUUAUGUGUUGGCAUUUCUCAUCUUCAUCUUCGCCUUCAACUUCGCCUUCAACGACAACUGGAAGGGAAACCUAGAGGGGCCUCAAAACAGAAUGAAGAAGUGCAGCGACUUGUUGUUGGAUUCCGUGGUUGUUUUGAUACGAUAACUGGAGAUCUAUUUGACUGUGUUGAUAUGUAUAAGCAACCGGCAUUUGACCAUCCUUUGUUGAAAAAUCACACUCUUCAGUUAAAACCAAGUAAUCUUCCAAAAGGAAUGAAGCUUGCAAAAUCUAAACCAGCGUCUUUUUAUGGAUUCAAUGAUACUUGUCCUUCUGGCACCGUGCUCAUCCAUCGUACUCAGAAACAGGAUUUAAUUGAGUCUAAACUGUUGAGAACCCAAUUUAGAGAACAAGUCGUAGAUGAGGACCAAAUUGAGGAACGAAAUCACGAUUCUAUAACAGGGAAUUGGUGGAUUACAUAUAAUGAUGAGUUACCUCUUGGAUAUUUUCCUAAGGAAUUGCUUUCAAAGAUGAAUGAUUAUGCCAACUUGGUUCAAAUGGGCGGGCAAGUUAAGUCUCUCUCGAAUGUGCCAAGCCCUCCAAUGGGUAGUGGUCAUCCAAGUAAUGAAGGACCUAAUAAAGCUGCUUAUUUCAUUGAUAUUCAGUUUGUUGAUCAGUCGAAUAACUGGUUUGUUUUGAAUCCUAAGUCUAUUUUUGCUAGUGUUGAUAUCGCUGGCAAUCUCCAUGGAGUGAUACAGACACCAUAUGCCCGUUUCUUUUUUGUGACAAUAACGGGAGAUCUAUUUGAUUGUGUUGAUAUGUAUAAGCAACCAGCAUUUGAUCACCCUUUAUUGAAAAAUCACACCCUUCAGUUAAAACCAAGUAGUCUUCCAAAAGGAGUGAAGCUUGCAAAAUCUAAACCAGCGUAUUUUUAUGGAUUCAACGAUACUUGUCCUUCUGGCACUGUGCUCGUCCACCGUAAUCAAAAACAAGAUUUAAAGUCUAAACUCUUGAGAACCCAAUUUAGAGCACAAGCCGACCAAAUUAUUGAAGGAAAUCACUACGCAAUAAUUGGAACUCCACCUGCUCAAUUUUAUGGAGUAUAUGCAAAAAUGGCGACUUAUAAGCUUCCCGAUCUACAAGCUGGUCAAACAUCAACCAGUAGUAUAUAUCUUUUUGGUGAUGCAAAAUCUCCCACCAAUAUGAUCAUGGCUGGUUGGCAAGUUUCACCGGUCAUUUAUGAAACUAGUUAUCCUCGAUUUUUUACUUAUUGGACUAGUGAUUAUAGUGAUAAAACGGGAUGUUUCAAUUUGCAAUGCGCUGGUUUUGUUAGCACUACUAAUAUUUAUGGACCUGGAAGUUUUAUUCCUCAAUUUUCUACUUAUGGUGGUGAACAGAAAUAUCUAUCGAUACUAAUUGCUAGGGAUUCUAAAACAGGAAAUUGGUGGAUUACAUAUAAUGAUGAGCUACCUCUUGGAUAUUUUCCCAAGGAAUUGCUUCCAAAGAUGAAUAAUUAUGCCGACAUAGUUCAAAUGGGUGGGGAAGUUAAGACUCCCGUGAAUGUGCCAAGCCCUCCAAUGGGCAGUGGUCAUCCAAGUAAUGAAGGACCUAAUAGAGCUGCUUAUUUCAAUGAAAUUCAAUUUCUUGACCAGUCGAAUAACUGGUUUGUUUUGAAUCCUAAGUCAAUUGUGCUUGGGGCUGAUAUUAGUAAUUAUUAUAAUAUAUCGGAUAAUCAUUAUGUAGAUGAUAAAUAUGUUUUUGCUUACGGAGGAGCUGGGGGUUUCAAAUAA